AUGGCAAAAGGACCGGUUCGGAGGCGGCCUGUGUGGGCCCUCGUCCUUUUGGCGCUCUUCGUCCUCCAAGCGCCCCGCUGCUUUGUUGGGCUCAGCGCGAGACCAUUCGCAUCCGCGAGGGCACAAGACCGUGUCCUGCAGCUUGCGGAGAAGGACGACAAAGGGGGCUUCUUCAAGGAUUCCUUGGAGGGAACGCCCUACGAAACCAAUGAGACGACAGCAGCUCUGGUCCUUGCGGUGGCCGGCUCGUUGUUAUUCUUCGCCUAUGGCGUGCCAUUCCUCACAGAGUACUUCACCGCCGACUGGUUCUCCCCUGCGGAGCGGACGGUCGACCCCAAUCAGGAUGUGGUGUAUGGAAGCCACCGCUUCAAGUUCCAGGCGUGGCCCAACAAGCAGAUGCUGAGCACGCUGCCUCACAUCGUCCAGUAUGCCUUCAAGUCGAGCCAUGGCACUGGCUUCCCUACCGAAGGCGUCAACGCGGCCGAGCCAGCCACGAAGACAGUCGGCACGCAGUCGGUCUUUCGGGAGUCUGAAGCGCAGACAGACCCGUACUCGCCAGACUACCAGAUCCAGCCGAAUCAGGUGCCUGAGGUCUUGCAGCUGACACACUUGACGUAUGGAGCGGGGCUGCCAGCGACAGAGGCAGAACUGCAGAUCAUCGAGCGCACAAGGCAAAAGCGCCUAUUCAAACAGAUGCUGCCGCCUCCCUGCGAUGAGUUCGGAAUGGAGGUUCGCGUGCAGCUCAUGGAGGCGCAAGAGUUCCGCGAGUGGGCGGAUCGUGAGCGAACGAUCAAGGACCUGCAGGACAAGCGGCUGAAGCUGCUCGAGCAGGCGCUUGUUGAGCGCGACCUGAAGCGGGAGGACGCGCAAAUCAGCAAGGUGGAUCGUGUUCGACAACGAAAAGAGGAGGAACGCGACCGGAAAUUGGCAGCCUGCCAGCGCCUUCGCACCAAGGUGCUCAGAAAGAUGCAGAAGGAGCGGACGCGCGCGGAUGCGCCAGCCAUGAAGCGGGACGUGAUCGCCGAGUAUGCGGACUUCACCUCUGAGGUGUAUGCACCGUUGGCACGUCAUGGGCAUGUGCCGGACUACAACACGGCGAAGAUUGAGGUGCAACCAUCGGAUCUGUCCACGUACCCUGGGCUGGUGCAGCUUGAAGCGUCUCUUCAUCCGUCGGUGCUGCGCGCACCAGAGAAGCAUCCGAAGGACAUGGACAAGAAGAAAAAGUCCAGCCACCAGGUUCGCAAGGAGUUGGAGAUGACGAACGCCCUUAAGACGGCCAUGGAGAGCAUCAAGAAGGAGCUUCAGAGCGAGGGCGACGGCGGUGCCGGCAAGGACGCUAGUCCCACCACCAGCGGCGGGCUUAAGAAGUUCCACGUCCGCAACAUUCUGGACCGGCCGGACUCGCCCCGGGACAAGAACGAUGUGCUACCCGAAGAGGAGGAGCAGGAAUCAGCUGUGCUGCUCCUGCAGCGCAUCAUCCGUGGCCGAGCGUACCAGAACCUCAUGUUCGAAGGUAAGGAGAAGCGCCUGGACCUCAUCAACGAGUUGCGUGCAGCCGAGCGCUUUGCUGAGACGGCCACGACGACAGAGGAAAAGAGGUAUGUGGACCAGCUGCGCGACAAGGCCUUCGAGGGGGUUCUGGAGCCCUGA